GGCAUGGAGAGGCUAAUUCUGCUCGGGGCUCAUGUGCAGAGACGAGAUACUGAACAAGAGGGAAGUGGAGGGAGAGAUAGAGCCGGUUCAUUUUCAGCUCGUCCCCAUAGACUCUGGAAGGGAUUAUACUCUCACUCAGAGAGAGGGAGGGAGAUGCAUACGCUGAGUACCCUGCCUCCAAUCCUCCACACUGCACUGUGCCAUCUCCUCAUCUCCUCAGCACCACUCACUUCUCCCUCUUCCCUUCACCACACACCAGUGUGCAGACACAAACACUCGGCUGCCAUGUAGAGCACUGACCAGAGGGGGACCCCCACCUGCACUGGACCACGAGCCAGGCCGAGAGAAGAGAAAGGCCCCCAUGAUCUCAGCUGGAGAUGCCGAGUUUCCCCGGGAUUACCACACCCUGGCCUCAGGUGGGAGCAGAGGGGCGCGCCAUUAUCCUGACAACAACAACGGGGGCUUCAAGACGUCCUCGCUGGACCGUCGGCACAGUUCUGUGGCUGCCAAAAGUUUGGAGGCCCUGAACAACAUCCACAAAGCGGACAUCGAGCGGCAGCGGGAUGCCCUGAUGGACCUGCAGAAAAACAAGUUCUCCAACAGCCCUGGCAGCCUGUCGCAGGGCUCGGCUGCCGCUGGACGACAGCAACAGCCACACUACUGGAGCUUCAAGUCUCGUACGCCACGUGUGACACGACUCAGCCCGCCACAGCCGGCUCUCACUGAACAGGCCAGCAGGGUUUCCUUCGCGUCCGCCGAGAACUUGGAGACCAUGUCGGAGCCAGACAUUCCCAUUGGCUUCAACCGGAUGAACCGGCUUCGCCAGAGCCUGCCGCUGGCCCGCUCGUCCAGCCAAGCCAAGCUGCGGGCGCCAGGGAUCUUGUUCCUCCAGCUUGGGGAGGAGACCCGGCGGGUGCACCUGACCCAUGAGCUGACCAGCCUGGACACCCUAAGAGCCCUCAUAGUGCACAUGUUCCCCCAGAGACUUACCAUGGCCAUGCUUAGGUCCCCCAGCACGGCUCUACUGAUCAAAGAUGAGACUCGUAACGUCUUCUACGAGCUGGAGGACCCGCGGGAUGUUCAAGACCGCUGUGUCAUCAAAAUCUACUGCAAAGAGCCUAUCUAUGGCACAUACCCCGGACACCACAACCCACAUCUGGCCAAUGGAGACCUGCGAAGGGAGAUGGUGUACGCCCCUCAGGACUCUCCCUCUAACCGCCGUCUGAGUAACCCCCCCAUGUCCUCACAGCACUCGUCCUCGUCUGCCUCACCCCCCCAUGGCUCACCCUCCCGCGCCCGCCUUCUCUACAGCAGCGCCGGCAGGCCCUCCUCCUACGCAGGGCCUCCUCAUCACACCCACUCCUUGCCUCACCCACACUCCCAGUCUCACCAUUCCUCCCCUCACCAGCAGCCCCAGCUCCACCAGCCGCAUCACUCCCCCCCGGUCUUCUGCACCUCCUCCAGUGCUAUUUUGGAGCGCAGGGAUGUGAAGCCUGAUGACGAGAUGGGGGGCUCCAGAAGCAUGAUGUUGCUGCGAGGAGACGACCGGAUGGGAGGUGGGAUCUACGCAGAUCCCUACUCUUUGGGGCCGGACACAAGUCGGCUGGCUCUGGCUGGAGGCCCUCACUCCCCAAUGCCGGCCAGAGCCGACCCCUACGGCUCCUUAUACCGUCGUGGGGGAGGUGGGGGAGGCGGUCAUGGAUCCGUUCGCUCGCUUACUUCCUAUUCUGCUGCUGCUAUACAGGGGGAACUGAUAGAGAGCAGCGCCCUCUACAGGCCAGGAGGACCCCUUUAUAAUGAUGCUUAUGCAGCGUCGAUGUUGGCCAUGGGGCUGCGGGUGCCACCGCCGUCCUCCCCCCAGAAGAUACCUGACAUGAGGGACUCCUACGGAGCUACCAUGCCUGCUCGGGGUUCCCCUGGGAGGCAGAAUUUGCGAAGGGACUCUGUGACCUCAUCUGUGUUUGGAGACAGCCCCAAAGCCAGAGGCCAGGGUCCUGGGUUGAGUCUUACCGCAGAACAGCUGUGCUUAAUGCAGGGGGGGGAAGGAGGGGGUGCAGGGGGCUUCGGUUCACCACUUCUGGGAAAUGAGACAGAGACUCGGGAACGUAUGGAGGCCAUGGAGAAGCAGAUCGCCAGUCUGACCGGGCUGCUGCAGAGAGUUCUGAGCAGAGCGCCUGAACCUGAAAGCCCGGAGAAGGGUGAGUCCGCGAGCGACUGCUCAGGAACUGAGGCUGGACGAACUAAAAAACAGAAAGUUUUGACACCAUCUGCCCCCCUGGCCCUGAUGCCGCCUCCCUCUCUGGGGCCCAACCAGCCUGUCCCCGUUUCCCGGCUGCAAAUGCAGCUCCACCUACAGGGCCUGCAGCAGAACACCAACGCGCUGCGCAAGCAGCUGUCGCAGCUACGCAACAUGCAGCUGGAGAACCAGGAUGCGGUUCUCUCCCUGCUCAGACAGACCGAGUCGGAGUUGAGCCUCAUGAUGCUGGACGCUAUGCGUACCCAGGAGGACCCCCUCCAGAGACAGCGCCUCCUGGUGGAGGAGGAGAGACUCAAGUACCUCAAUCAGGAGGAGCUGCUCAUCCAGCAGCUGCAUGAUCUGGAGAAGUCUGUGGAAGAGCUGCAGAGGAAUUCGUCCAUCAACCACGGGCUGGUGACGGAACAGGACGUGGAGCAGAAAAGCAAAGAGCUGAGGAUGCUGGGGGAGACACUCACGGAGCUUAAAAACCAGUUCCCCAGCCUGCAGAGUAAGAUGCGGGUGGUGCUGAGGGUGGAGGUGGAGGCUGUUAAGUUUCUGAAAGAGGAGCCUCACCGGCUGGAGGCUCUGCUGAAGCGCUGCAACACCAUGACCGACACGCUCAGCUCACUGCGAAGGCAGGUCACUGACGGGGUUUGGAAGAGUCCUGAAGACUUUUCCAGCCAAGCCCAAAAGAAAGGAGAAGACCUGAGUCACAGCUCAGACCUGGACGUCCUCAACAGUCCUCCGCUCAGUCUCACUGACCUCAGCACCAGCGCCGGCCUAGCUAACUGGAAGCCUUUCUCGGCUGUUGAUGCAGAUGUUUCAGGCCCGGAGCAGGACGUUCAGUCCUCCAUGACCUUUAGAAAUCGAAUUCUGGAUGAGCUGCCAGCCCGGCGUUCUGCUGACAAGUCUGUUUCUGCUGAAGUCCGACUGGCGGCGGAGCGGGACUGGGAAGAGAAGCGAGCCAGUUUGACCCAAUUCAGCGCCCAGGACAUCAACCGCCUGCUGGAGGAGACCCAGGCCGAGCUGAUGAAGGCCAUCCCGGACCUCGAGUUCGCAGCCAAGCACAUAAACAAGCCAGCAGUGCCCCCCAAGCCCCAUAUUACCCUCCCCAUAACGUCCACCACAGCCACGUCCUCUGCGGCUGGCACCACUGGGACGACAGCCACCACCGCCGCCACCACCGCCACCACCGCCACCCCCACCAGCGCGCCCAGCGGCGACCCACAGCCUGGAAAAGUUCAUCUGGCUGCCCAGAAGCUGAACAGUAUGGAGGGGGGCGGUUCCCACCGAGGGUCAGUGGAUCUCAGCGCAGCCAAGUACAGAACGGAGAAGCCCUCCAAGUCUCCUCCCCCGCCUCCUCCUCGCCGGAGCUUCCCGUCGGCACACGGCCUCACCACCAACCGCACAGGGGAGGUCAUCGUCACCACCAAGAAGAACGAAGAUGAGAGUGAGCCGCCCAAGACUCUGGUGAAGCUGAGGAGGACCCCGUCCGACGCCCCGCGGCCGUCCUCCACGCCGCCUGUGAUCGCGGCGUCUGCCAAUCAAGACGAGGACGACGAGGAGAGGAUCAUUGCAGAGCUGGAGAUAUUUCAGAGAGUGCCUGUAAAGGUUUGUAGAAAAGCCUUCCGCUCCCGACCCAAGGCCUCCCCGCCCCGCCUCCUCGGGUCCUUUGGCAGAAAGAACAGCACCAGUUCUCCUGGACCGAUGAAAGGCCCGACUGUGGCUGCUCGACUCAAACACCUCCAGCAAGGCAGCCUGGAAAGACCCAAGACCCGCAAGCAGAAAGAGGACUUCCCUAAAGUCCAGGGCCAGCAGCAGCAUUAAACUUUUGUUGCAGCUUCCAAAUCGCAUCGUAAUCCAUCCAAUCCUGAUUUUUCCAAACUUUCUCCUCACUGCUUUUUCGGACAUCCUUUCGGUCUGCGGGCUUCCCGUUUCUUUUCCUCUUGCUUUGCCUUUUGUCAUUCUCUGUCUGCCUCUCAGGUCUCUCUGGUCUCAUCUGGACUAAGUUCCCGAGGAGUGAGCGCACGGAUCAGUACAGUUAUGGAUUCCAAAUGCAGACCUCAAAGGUUUGACAGUUUUUCAUUCGACUCUGAAGCCUUGCACGACUCUAAACAGUGUCGUGGUGGGCUGUUAAUGAAGGAUCAAGUCUGCAGAAUCUGUGGAGUUCACAGAUUUGUUGCUGUUUUAUUCGGCAUCAUGGGGCAUUGUAUUGUAAUGUGCAAUCCCAGAUUUUAGGAUCCCUGACCUCCAUAUUUGUUUACUAACUGCAAGCAGAGACAUCUGCACAUAAAACAGAGCAGGAAGCCAAUGCUGAUCCAUGCUGCUGUGCAGGAGCGGAUCUCCGCUGGGAUCCACAUGCCACUGAACCGUGUGUUCCAUACGAACCUUCAGACAUUAUUUCCCUGAUGAACACGUGUGUCUCUCUGUGACUCUUAUAGGAGGCAAAAGUGGAUCACAACAAAAACCCAGCUGACUUUAAUGUAGCUGUUGCCAUGGGAAUCAAUGUGUUUAGGCUUUUACCUUUGCUUUCAUUAGUUCAUAAACUCACCCUUAUAAUCAGGCAUUAAAUGGAACUUCUAUGUGUUCUUUAUAUCUUCUUCAUGCUGAAUGAAUUAACCCGUCUACUCAGCAGCAUUGCAGAAGUGGAGCUAAACGUGAUUAUUGCUCCUUCAACUCAAUGUUUCCCAAUAGUUUCAAAAUCCAUCAUGAUUUAUCAGAUCUUGUUCUCCCCCCCAUGUCAAAUUCUCAGACUGGCUCCCCUGAGCCCCCCUGAGCCCCUCACUCCCUUUUAAGAAAGGAUGUAUGAAGCUCUUACGAAUUGCUUUCCUGUCCCUUCACGUGACAUCUGAUGCCCUCACCUGUGGACACGGGCGAAAAACCGGCAAACCUUUGGGGGGCACAUAGGGGGUCCACACACCGUAGACCGCCCGCUUAGCCCGGAGAGCAGAAAUGUUCGUUCACAUGACAGAUCUUAGUGAAAACUUAACAUGUCAGUCUGUGAGAUGCAGGCAUGAUGUCCAGAUUUUUCCUUUUUUCAACCUUCCCAAAUCCUGGAGCCCCUAAGAAAACGUGAAAAGUGUGCGCUGCUUGCAUGCGGUCAGAAAGGUGCCAGUACUCCCACGUCACUAUCCACUAAAGUGUCGUGUAAGGACACCAUGUGACAGCAUCACGGUUAUAGAUGCGUUCAACUUACAUAAUCUUUACAAAUACUUCACGAUACAUUUACCACACACACGACAAUAGUACUGUUCAUUUAAUUGACGUCUCUUGAGGCACGAGCCUCAAGCGAACUGUAAGACACACCUGCACCUCCCCUUAAGUUGCAGCCGCUCCUCUCUAUGACCCUCCAUGGGCCUGGCCAAUCCAAAAACCUGCAGCACCUGUACAGGUAGACUCCCACCCAUGAGCCCAGAUGGGUUCAGCAGCAGGAUUUUUGGGAUGGAAAGCUUACACCGUCAAAAAGAUCUUUAGGAUUGGACAUGGUUUUAUAACCCACGCAGAGUGAUGCAUUUUGGGUAUGGUAGGUGGACUGGUCAGCCUACCAUGCUCAAAAAGAAAAGAAAAACAAUACAAACAAAAGUCUACAAACGUUUGAGGCAACAAGACGUUUGUUGAGGAAGGACGACAUCACCAGAUUUAGUCAGAACUUAGAGAAAAGCCUAAACAGAAAUUCAUUUCUGUUUUUUUUACUUUAUGCACAAUUUCCAUUUAUGUAAAGACAAAAGUUAGCCAUAUAAAAUCACUAAAUAUUCCAGAUGAAAUGCACAGAUCCACCUUUUCAACCCACUUAAAUGACAGAAAGGCCAACCAGAUAUUUCAAUGCUGCUUUCUAAAACUCCCAUUGUUCAGGAAUUCACAACAUGGAAGGAAAAAGGACUUUAAGCUGCUAACUGUAGAGAAGGUAGUCACUGAUUUUAAAAACUAUGUUGGUUAAUACUUCUGAGAUGGCUCUGAUGUGGCCUCAGGUGGGAAAAGAAGCAGAAGCGAGUUUGAAGCCUCCCAGAAGCUUUUCAGGAAAACUAAGCUCCAAUAAGUUCUGAACCUUUCCUUUCUUUGCCUGGAACACAGAUAGAGGUGGAAUGACACAGAUGCUAGUACAAAAUGUCAGCUUUUGUCUUUUAUGGAAGCUUAAACUCCAAUAGUUUUCUUGGUGUCAGGAGGACAGAGAGAAACUUAAAUGUUUCAGAGUGAAGUGUAUGAAACGAAUCUCAGAGAUAAGAAGUGUUCCUGCAGCAGAUCUGUUCCUGAAGGAAAAUAAAAAAACAGCAGGUAAUCUGAGCUAAAGCGUUAAAUGAGAGUCUAAUAAAUGUGUGGACCCUAAAUAUAGGGUAACAGACGGACACAGGUCACAUAGAAAGGGAAUCUCUCCACAGAUAUGUUGUAUGUAUUUUAGUAAAGGAUCAUAGUUUUUUUUUUAACAGAACAUGUAUAAAAGAAAUUUUCAUCUAUGUUUUAUAUACUCAAGCUUUUUUUGUAUUUUUCUACUUGAAUAGGACCCAUCCACAUGGAACACAUUUACUCUGUAAAUCUUUAUUUUUCUGCAUUAAAUAAAUUUGUUUUGUUGCCAUAGAACCAACCAGAAUGACCAUUUGUUUAUAGAGACCAGGGCGCCCUCCGGAUGGUGCCCCCACAUUUCUAAAAAGCACAUGAACCGAUCACCUCACUGACGAGACAUCCUAUUGGUAGCUGUUUUCCUCUAUUAUAACCAAUCGUGUGCGUGCACUACACAGAAUAUACAGUUAAAACUGUUUAUUGAUGGUUUCUUGAUGAAUUUGUGAUCGUUAAACCAUUUGUGGAUGUUUAACUCGUGUAGAUAAAACCCAAAUAUUAAAAUGUUGAUUUCAUGUGAAUUUUCUUUUUUUAUAGGAAGUGAAAAUUAUAUAUAAAUAUACUCCCAAAUGGCAUGCAUACUGUAUACAUUCCUGGAAAAUCUGCACGCUGGGUCAACAGAGGUCUCAUUUUCUUGUCAAUAAAUCUGUGUAUACUUGUGAGUGUAUAAUAGAGUAAACAAUAAUUGUACAGCGACAUUUUUGUAUCACGUUCCAAAUACUAAAGAAGAAAAACAUGCGUUUAUUUAGACGAGUAUCUGAGAGAUGCUGUAUAUCAGCCACAUACUGUUCCGUCAGUCUGAAAGUGAUGCUUGCUGUGUGGGUCAGUGUUGACUGUGAACUGUGAAGAAGAAUAAUAAACUAAUACAAAGUCAGUAUACUGCAACUAAAGACCUGUCAAACCGUGCAAAAACACAGCACAACUUUGUGUGUGGAAAGUGAAAAGUUGCUGCUUCGUGUGACAAAAAAGGUGAAAAAAUAACCAAACCGAACGGUUGCUGCUUUUGUACAUUCCUGUUGUGUCUUUGUGACAUUAAAAGUGAGACUCUUAUACAA